AUGUUAACUCAAUCACAAAAUGUGGCUCUCUCGCCGCUCGACUUCUCCAACUACCAAAAUGCUCUCCUCGGCGUUCUGUGGAACGAGCUCAUGGAGGGCGCAGUAGAGCCCAUGCAAGCGCCUGUACCAUACCUGAUCAAUUUCGCAGAAGACUGCUUGCUAUGCGCCAUCGUGAUGUUGAGGGACAAGUACGAGGUGCCAGUAUCGGGCGAUUUCACCAUUCCUUUAGAGGAAGAAGAAUUCUCCAGUGGAGGGGAACCGAUCGGCCUCGUGUAUGUCACCGCUGCCCCUACGCAGAGCGCAGCACAAGAAGCAAAUGUGGGGAUCAUCAUCUCUGCAAGCCAUCGACGCAAGGGGUAUGCUUGCGAAGCCGUGGAGCUUGCGUUGAAAUGGGCGUUUGAAGACCUCAAGUUCCACCGUAUCCAAGCGGCGCUCAUGGAUGACGCCCAGAAAGACCGCGCGAUGCGUCUUUUUGUGGGACAGGGAUUUAGACACGAAGGCACCCGACGGCGGUCGGUGUUGAAGCCUGAGAGAAGGGGCGUGGUUGGCGUGUGGAAAGACGUCACGUACCUCGCGAUGCUUGAUACGGAGUGGGCGCUUAGGAAUAUGUUGAAGCACAAGGGCCCGGUGCCGACGUUAUGGGAUGAGAUGUUCGCGCGACACGCGACGGAGAGAGAGGAGAUGGUGAAAUGGGAUGAGAAGCAUAAUAGGGUCAGGAAGGUGUCGAGCACGGAAACUCUGCGC